CAGCAAUUGCUCUUCGUAGUACGGUACCGGUACUGGAAGAGGGCUCCUAACGGGGAUCUCCCUCUAAUACGAAGAUGAUGGAGGAGACUGGAGAGAUCGAGAUGGGCCGAUGUUCAUGAUCUAUGCAAUCAAUUGUGUGUUCAAAUGCUAAGCUUUGUGUUACGGCCUCUGAUAUUCUGCAAGAUUCCUGUAGAGUACGUGUAUACAGGGCCUUGUAGUGGAAAUGGAUCACAAUCAAAGAACACCAGCCAUCAUCUACCUAAAUGUCUGAGGAUAAAGUGUAGACAGAGACUGAGAUGAUGUUGGGGCUCUCCGGUGCAAGCAACUGGCUUGUCUUCAUAUGCUACAUGUUCUUCUGUGUCAACCAUAGUAUUUUGGUAACAUGGACACAGAACAAGAAGAAGGGGUACAGUUACAAUGCAACAGCAGCAAUACUACACAUAGAUGCUCUCAAACUUAUUGUAGCAUCCGUCCUUGCACUUUACAGAUUUUCUUUUCAUGGAGUUGUGCAAGAAAUUUCAAGAAACACCAGAGUACUUGCCUUGUACUUCAUCCCUGCCUUUCUCUAUGCUCUCUUCAACAACCUGACCUUCCUAAACUUAACCAACUUUGACCCGACCUCAUACUCUAUUUUGAUGCAAAUUAAGAUUGUGAUAUCAGGAGUUGUAUAUCAGGUUCUUUUCAACAGAAAGCUAAGUGCCAAGCAAUGGUUAUCUCUUGUCUUUCUUAUGUUUGGGUGUAUGAUGCAUCGCCUGAAUCCAGCUUACUUCGCUUUCUCCGAACCUGAUGGAACUGAUCAGCAGCCAGAGGAGUCGCAGAGUGGUCUUCUGACCUUUAACCCUGCCAUCAUCUUCAUCCUGGUCCAGCUGCUCUGUUCAACCGUCGCCGGUGUCUACACCGAACUUCUCAUCAAACACCAUAGCAAAGGUCUUGAUAUAUGGAUCCAGAACAUCUUCAUGUAUUCAAACUCCAUCAUCUGUGAUCUUAUCUUGUAUUCUGCCUCAGGUCAACCUUAUGACAAACUCUUCUUGUUGAUGGAAGGCAGUGCAUCCUUGGCAGACCGCUUUAAAGUCGGUGCCGUCAUUUGCAACAUGGCCGCCAUGGGCAUUGUGACUGCCAUCUUCCUCAAGAUGCUCAAUUCAAUCAUUAAAAAUUUUGCCACGGCCCUGGAGGUCAUCAUGACCAGUUUGUUUUCAUGGAUAUUCUUUGGUAUUCCUAUAAAUCUGUUCACUGUGAUUGCCAUGGUGGUGAUCUUGAUCUCUGUGUGUGUCUACUCUAGCAAUCCGCUUGCUGAGCAACCUAUGCUGAUUGCGCCUCGGAAGAUAAAAACUUCGGAGCGCGAUGAUGGAAAUGAACUAGUUUCUAAUGGGACAAAUAAGCUUCAUUAGUUCUAUUGUACUUGUAGCAGUUUUCUUCAUUCUGACAUAUAUGGCCUUGUGUCCAUGUUCUUCAUUAAUGAACUACUUUUAUGCCUCCGCUACAAAGUAGCCGGAGGCAUUAUGUUUUGGGAUGUCCGUCCGUCUGUACAUCCCGUUCUUGUGAUCGCGUUAUCUCAAG